CUUCUCGUUUUCCCCUUCCUUCAAUCAAUCUUCUUCUCUCUUCUCUCUCUCUUUAGAUUCCAUCGUUUUCUUUUAAAUCGAUUCACACAGAUCUCUUCUCAGGUUGUUUCUCCACAGUGUUGUUCUAACUCACCAGAGAAAACCUCUAUCAUGACAAAUUUCUGGAAAAGUUUGAGUUUUUAGGAUCAAACUUUGUUUCUUUUUGGGAAAAGAAAAAUGGGUUCUUUAGGAGAUGAGCUAAGUCUAGGAUCGAGAAGACACAGCUCGAUGCCCAUAACGAUCUGUGGGUUUCCGAGAAAAGCUUUGAAGAUCAUGAAUUUUGUGGUGGAGAAAGGUUGUAAACUCGAGGAACAUCUUAAGAAGCUUGAAGAAGAGAAGAGGAAGAUCCAAAGCUCUGAACUUGAGCUUCCUCUAUGUUUGCAGAUUUUAAACGAUGCGAUUUCGUAUCUCAAGGAGGAAAAUAAGAGAUGCUCAGAGAUGGAUACUCAACCAUUGUUGAAAGAUUUCAUCUCUCUUAAUAAACCUACUCGAGAAGAACAUGACGAAGAAGAAUGGCGACAUGGAGAUGGACUGUUGCUGAAAAGAGAGGAGCUAGUCAAGGAGAAAGAGUUUCAGCUAUGGAGAGACAAAGAUCACACGAAGAUCAAGAACAAACUAGAGAUUGAGAGAAGUGAGGAGAAAUCUUCAAAUGGCUUAUCAUCUAUGUUGUUGAUCCCUCGCACAAUUCCUAAGGUAGAAACCGGUUUAGGCCUCGGUUUAACUACUAGCACGAUGGUUAACGAAAGAAGAAAAGAAAUGGCCUCUUGUGGUUUUACCUCUUCCUCUACGCCACAACCACCAUCAUUUCUUCAAAAGCAAGCUUUGCGGAAGCAAAGAAGGUGUUGGACUCCUGAGUUGCAUCGCCGUUUUGUAGAUGCAUUACAACACCUCGGUGGACCGGGAGUGGCAACUCCUAAACAAAUCAGAGAGCAUAUGCAAGAAGAAGGCUUAACCAACGAUGAAGUGAAGAGUCAUUUACAGAAAUACCGGUUACACAUGAGGAAGCCUAAUUCGAAUCCGGAGAAACAAUCAGUAGUUGUUUUAGGGUUUAAAUUGUGGAAUUCAUCACAAGAGGAAGAAGAAACCGGUGAAGGAGGAGGAGAUUCAUCAAAAAGAAGCAAUUCGAAAUCGGAUUCUCCACAAGGUCCUUUGCAGUUACCUUGUACAACAACUACAACAGGUGGAGAUAGUAGCAUGGAAGAUGCUGAAGAUGCUAAAUCUGAAAGCUUUCAGAUGGAGAGAGUGAGAUCUCCUUAAAUCUCAAAUCUUUUUCAAGAACCAAACUCUUGAUUCCGUUUCUGUUUAUUUUGGAUUCACUACUAGUGAAUGAGAGCAAUAAUUAUAGAAAGGAUAUAAAUUUAUAUAUUUAUAGAAAGAAAGUGAGAGUAAUAUAGUGGAGCAAUGAGUGAGAGAAUGGUUCAAUUAUUUGCAGAGAUUGUAAGUGUAUUUUUGUGUACGGCUUUUUUUGGUUGGGUUUAAUUGAGGCAUUACCCGAGUAAUAAUGUUUAUGUUUG